ACAAAAUACAGUAUAUUGCAAUAUUGGGGCAGAAAUCCAAUAUGUGAAUGCGGAGGGCCGUUGUAAAUGAGGCUCAUUCAAAAAAAAACCUAAAAUAUUCGUGACAAAGUGUGGAUAAAAUCACCCGUAUGCGUUUCCUUAUUAAAAGACAGCACCUUUUUGUUGCUUUGGGUGGAGUCUGGAACGGAUGAAUUUCUUUCAUCCGUUCAAUGCAUUUUGACGAGUUGAGAUGCUUUGCGUUACAAUGGUGGCCAUGGAACCAAUUCAAAUGAAUUGCGCACUCUGCUCCGUCACGCGCGAAGCCGCGUACUACCGUUUUUCUCCAGAGCUCGCAAACUGGAGCCGAAGAAUCCAGCACGUGUCGCACACAAGCUCUCAGGCGCCACAAGAAGGAUUUACGCAGCUUAAAAGGCCUGACCAACGGUAGACGGAUGCGCCCCUCGUUCCCAUUCUGGAAAAGCUACAGGGGGCGCGACGACGCCCCACGCCCACCAAAGGAGGAGGUGUCGGGAUGUCCUCCUCCUCGUCGUUCUCCUCCUCCUCCUCCUCCUCGUCGUCGUGCCUCAGACAACAAGCGCGCAUUGACCACGCGACCGUCCAGUGACAUCACGCGCACCCCCUAGCAUAAAAAGGGCCCUUCGGCAGCCGGGACGGACGGAAAAACGCAACGGGCCCGCGAGGAGGCGUCCGCUCGCUCAGCAUGGACGCCUCUCACGCGUAAUUGCGCAUCGGCCCGCGUCGACAUGGACGGUAACCUGGGAGCCGUGUGCGCGCUGCUGCUCGUGUCCGUCGGGCUGCUGGCGGAGCGCGCCGGCUGCCAGCACUACUUCCUGCUGCGGCCCGUGCCGAGCGACAGUCUCCCGCUGGUGGACUUGAGGGAAGACCCGGACCCCGCGCUGGACCCCCGGGAGCGGGACCUCAACGAGACUGAGCUGCGGGGGCUCCUGGGGGACUUCGACGGCCGCUUUCUGGCGCUGUCGCCGCCGCCGCCUUUGCAGCAGGCGUCGGAGGAGGAGGCCAAGUCGGCCGAGCUGCCGGAGAUCGAUGACGAGACGCGGCAGAAGCUGCCCAAGGAGAUCCGCGCGCUGGACUUGGACGCGCAGCUGCCGGGGAGGCGUCACAAGGGCGGCAAGAAGCUGAAGCGACGCUUGCAGCAGUGGCUCUGGGCUUACUCCUUCUGUCCGGUCAUGCACUCCUGGAGCGACCUGGGCGUGCGCUUCUGGCCGCGCUACGUGCGCACGGGCAGCUGCCCGGCCAAGCGCUCGUGCUCGCUCCCGGAGGGGAUGACGUGCAAACCCGCCGCGUCUGCUCACCUCCACCUGCUCAGGUGGAGGUGCGCGCGCAGGAAGGCGGGGCUCAAGUGCGCCUGGAUCCCCGUCCGCUACCCCGUCAUCACCGACUGCAAGUGCGCGUGCGCCGCAUAAAACUGCCAUCGCGUUACGUCGGGAUGGACGCCACAAAGACACGCAGGCGCCAUGCUCGCUUUCGGGGCUCCUGCAAGUGCUGAUUGGCAACAUGAAGGACCGCGGAUCAAGUUCAGGAUGCCAGCUCAACUCUUUGAGAGGACUGUUUCAAUAUUCUCGACACGCUGUGUUACCGUUCACCUCAAAUAAAGAUGUACUGCUGCACCUGAUGGAACUGCAGUGCCCCGCGCCCACUUCUCGCGGGGAAAUAGUGAAAAUCCAUCAAUAAUUGACACUCGUUUUCAUUGCAUUGAGGAAAAUUAAAUUUUGACAGCAUAUUCUGAAAUUAAGUGUCCCAGAUUAAAAGAUGACAAGAAAAAUGGGCAGCAGACACACCUUACUUAAAACAAGUCUGUAAAAAAAAAAGACAGUUACGUGAUGUUGUACUUACAAUUGCAAAUAGAUUUGAACGAGACAAGAUAUGACGGCAUUAAUCAUUAAAAAGCAAGUGCAGUUUCGCACAAUUUGUUGAACUGCAGGCUGAGAUCCCCCCCCCCCCCCCCCGCACCCUUCAAGUGCUUCUCAUGUUGACUUGGAACACACAGAAUUGUUUGUUUGCUUAGCACAAGGUAAACUGCUGCCAUUUUUUUCCAGUAUGUGGAAAAUUGGGGCCAUUCCUGCAUGGUGUCCAAUACACAUGUCGUGUGUCACGCAGUAUCAUUUGGAGCCAGAGAGGACUUGGUUGCUGGACUCCAGCCUGUAAAUGUUUUUGACAGAGGUGCAUUAUGGGUGACCAGCAUCCAUCUUGUAAAUUAAGGAUUUUUGGUUUUGGGGUGCUAUUUAUUCUUGCAAUAAAAGGACUGACAUGAU